ACCUACACAGCCUCUUGGAAGGGAACUCACUUGGGGCUCGGCUGCGUGGGUCUCUAGUUGUUCACUGUGAGAAAGCAAGAUGCACUUUAGAAACUUUAACUACAGUUUUAGCUCCCUGAUUGCCUGUGUGGCAAACAGUGAGAUCUUCAGCGAAAGUGAAACCAGGGCCAAAUUUGAAUCCCUCUUUAGGACUUAUGACAAAGAUAUCACCUUUCAGUAUUUUAAGAGCUUCAAACGAGUCCGAAUAAACUUCAGCAACCCCUUAUCAGCAGCCGACGCCAGACUCCAACUGCAUAAGACUGAGUUUCUUGGGAAGGAAAUGAAGUUAUAUUUUGCUCAGACGUUACACAUAGGAAGCUCCCACCUGGCUCCACCAAACCCAGACAAGCAGUUUCUGAUCUCUCCUCCCGCGUCCCCUCCAGUUGGUUGGAAGCAAGUAGAAGAUGCGACUCCAGUCAUAAACUAUGAUCUUUUAUAUGCUAUCUCCAAGCUAGGCCCAGGGGAAAAGUAUGAAUUACACGCAGCGACCGACACCACUCCCAGUGUGGUGGUCCAUGUAUGUGAGAGUGAUCAAGAGAAUGAGGAAGAAGAGGAGAUGGAAAGAAUGAAGAGACCCAAACCAAAAAUUAUCCAGACCAGAAGGCCGGAGUACACACCUAUCCACUUAAGCUGAACCGGCACACAGAUGGAGAAGUAGUCCAAAUCGUGCUCGUGGAGAGGAUCUUUUACUGUGCACGUGGCCGGUCACUGCUUUGGAGGUGGCAGCCGUGAUCGCUGUGGCAGAAACUCCAGUUCAUGUUGCUCAGAAGAGAAUCAAGGCUUCGUCUCCUUGUUCUAAUGCUGCACAUCAGUCAAUGUUCAUGGCACUCGGGAAUGUCUUGGGCCAAUCACUGAGUUUGUGGUGAUCGCACAAGGACAUUGGGGGACGUCUUGAGAAAACCGAUAACGAUAGUGUUUUAUACUUGUUCUUUUCUGGUAGGUUCUGUUUUUGCCACGGGCAGGUUGAUCAUUGGGUCCCAGGAGAUUUCUGUUUCUAAUCAGCCCACAGGAUAGACUCUCUCUACCAAUAGGAAGAGACACCAUGCGAAGGUGCCAAGGGUCUAACGCAGGAAGAUUGUGAAAACAACACCACAGUGUGGACCUUGUAGUGUUUCAUCUCUUCCCUCAUGUUCUAAUGUCUGUGCAUGUAUAUUACUGAUUUUCAGACUAACCUUUGUUUGUGUAUAAAGUUAAGCCAUUGUCGUUUGACAUCUUUUGGGAAGCUAGGAAAGCAUUUGAGCAAUGGGUCACCUUUCCGGAUUCUUGACUCUCUUUGCAGUAGCACGCCCUCGUAGAAUUCUACCUGGGAUACAUUCGCUAGCCUCCUCCCUGGUGCAAGAGGCACCUUGCACUUUUCCAAGAGGAGCUGGUCUGAAAUUGCUAUGUAGAGUUUAGCGUGUACAAUUCAGAGAACAACAGUAUCACUGCCAAUAUUCAGUGAGUGAACAUUUUUAGUUUAGGUGUUUGGGGUCAGACAUUGGUUUUAGUUAUUUCUUUAACGUGGUGGUUUAUAUCCAUGAGUCAUAGCCGGAAACCUUUUGGGGAACUGUGGCUUGAAAUAGUUGAUUCUUUUACCCCAGCAAAACAUCACAAUAAACUUGUAAAUAAAGCCGAUAGUAUAUAAUCAUACCUGUUGUACACUUCGGUGAAAAAUAUGGCAGUGGAAGAAUAGUGUCAGAUGUAUUAACCUACCUGUGAGUUGUAUGUUGUAGAAAAAGAUGUCUAACAGGACUUGAAUUCAAAGCAUGUGAAGUGGAUUGUAGACGUGUGGUGAUACGAGAAGGAUGCAGUGCCUUUCCCCAUUAAUUCCUGAUGGAAUUGUUAUAUUAGGUUAAUAUUUGUCAUUUUUUUUCUAGUUGUAAUGUGUAUGUCUGGUAAAUAGGUAUUAUAUUUUGGCCUUACAAUAUCAUAACAAAGUGUGUCAUUUUGAAAUACCUAAUGCCAAGUAAUAGUGCAUGCUUUGGAAAUCUGGAAGACAGUUUUCUUUGAAAAGCAAAUACCUUUGCAUUGAAUUGAUUGUUCAUAUCGAGAAAUUGAUCGAAUGUUCUCACAAUCCUGUUUACAGUACUUGGUAGGAGGGAGCCGGUGAGGGGGAGACCGUUGCAUAGCUGUGUUAGUGUUUCUAGUUAAGUGCUUUUAAACUGGAGAGGCUAACCUCAAACUAUUUUUUUUAACUGCAUUCUAUAAUAAAUCGGCACAGUAUGCUCUUUAUGGAAAAGUGA